CCCCACAAGUACAACACACUUCAUCGUCAUUAACAGCUCAACAGUCCAUUCAAGCAACGGGAGCUACAACCAUGAAGGGAUCGGCAACAGUGGCAAUGCUUUUUAUAGCAAGUUUAUGGGCAGGAUCGAUGGCGCAAUCGAGUUCGGGUUGCACCAAUGUGCUGAUUAGCAUGUCUCCCUGUCUGGAUUACAUACAAGGGAACUCAUCGCGACCGUCUUCUUCGUGCUGCUCGCAGCUCGGUAACGUCGUGAGGUCGAACCCUCAGUGCCUCUGCCAGGUCCUUAACGGCGGUGCUUCGUCACUCGGGGUCAGUGUUAACCAGACUCAGGCAAUGGCCCUCCCCACUGCUUGUAAUGUUAAGACUCCACCUGCUAGUCAGUGCAAUGGUGGUGCUUCUCCUUCUGAAUCUCCCCCAGGAACAUCAAAUUCCCCCUCACCAGGUGGCGGUUCCAAGAGUAAUGUUCCGACAACAGACGAUAGCACAUCCACUGGGAACUCCAUGAAGCUUUCACUUUCAGUGCUCUGCCUCUUCUUCUUGCUCUUCAUUGCCGUGGCGUAGAUACACGACGACUGCAGCUUUCUCCUCUCUUUUUGUUUUAAUUUUGUUUCUUCAAUAUGUUAUUAAAUUAUUAGAGGGAAAUGAAUAAUUUCUUGGAGAUUUGUAUUGGGUAUUUGGGUUGUU